GGGCCUGGGAUUUCCGGUCGUUGCCGUCGUGGAGAGCGAGGGGAAGAUGGGAGUUUCAGGACAUAAACCUGGCACUGAUGAAGAAUUGGCCAUGAUGAGUUCUGGGGUCAACUUGUCCUGGCAAAACCCAAAUUGGGUAAAUGCUUGUAGUUUCCAGAAGCUGUUUUCUGUUGGAGAAGAGUUUGAUGAUGACGAUGAUGAUUUAUUAUCAGCAGCAUUGGAUGCUGAAAGCACAGCCAUCAGUCCAUCUGGAACAACCCCUAGUGUUGGACUGAGGCCUAUUACUUCAGCCCUUAGGACACCAGCUCAUUCAUGUUACAAACCUGUAAAAUUGGCAUGCAGCAUUGCAGGUCAGAAAGAUUCUCAGUCAGAACCUGAUUCUGUAUCAAAUAAUAUAACCAGUGAUGAAACUCUUGCAAAGAAAACAUUGACAGCAUCUUUUGAUGUCUCUUUGAAAUCACCGUCGUGGCCAAACAAACAGCAUUUAACCCCUAACUUCAAUUUUGUUAGCAAUGCUUGGCAGAACAUCACUAUAAAGCCAAUCACGGAUGCUGGCAAAGAAGGUGAUGAUUUAUUGUGGGCUGGUUGUGAAGAGCUGACGGAAGCUGGGAAUACACAAAAUUCCACGUUGGGGAAAACCAGGACUUCAACUUCUAAUGAAAAGAGUCUUUCAACUCCUGGAAGUGCUUCUUCUCAAAUAUAUUCAAGAGGUGAUCGUGCUCUACCACCAGCCAAAUUUCCACGGUUGCCAGGAGGCCAUGCAGAAGCUGAUAAUGUCAAGAGUCAAAUUUCUCAGAAGCUUGUGAUGAAUAAUUUUGAGGAUGCAAGUAAAACCUACAAGGAUCUUAAUCAACCAUCAUAUAGAUUCAACAAGUGUCCAAUUAGUUUAAGCAAUGCCAAGACUGAUGCUGUUGCAAUGGGAGGAACCAAGAAGUUGUCUGGUCAGAUAAUUGAUAAUCAUAGUUGCACAGCUGAACUGUCUAACACUGUGUCUGGGAGUAAAUUAUGUAAUCCUAGCCCAUCUAGCACAGUCUCAACAACAAAAGAAUUAUUAACACCAGUACCACAAAAUUCUUUAGGAAAACAUACAACAGAUAAUACUAAUGGGCCAGGUAAAAUUGACUCCCCAAGUUUGCAGUCUGCACAACACCAGAAAAUGAGCUCUACUGCCUUGAGAAACUGUCCAAAUUCAACACCAUUGAGACCAAGAACUCCUCUUAAUAAUACUUCAACCCCCACAUUUUCAGAUGGAGGCCUCAGACGACCAAUUAUGUCCACAAGUGAAUCUCGAACACUGAUGUGUACUAUAGAAAGCCCUUCAGUUACUGCAGGAGCUCAGUGUUCGCCUGCAGCAAAUUCAAGUUGUGUGGGAACUCCUGUAACCAAUCGCCUGAUUCAGCUGGUAUCAGCUGCUAAUCGGACACCAGAAAUUCUGAAGGUCAACAGACCUCGAGCAAAAAGACGCUUCCCUGGACCUGCAGGAAUUCUUCCACAACAGCAUCAUGGUAAAAACCUGGAUGAAGUCUUGAUUUCAGCCCCACAGACACCGGCACAUGGUGCAGUGCCAAAACUACGCCCUCAGGAAGUUCUGAGUUCUCAACAAUCCAUUGAAGAUGACUUUGGGAGAGGCCCAUGGGCUACCAUGAAAGAAGAGUUAAGGUUGGAUGAAGGGGACACAAGCUGUUUCCUUCGAAACUAUAGCAUUGUCAUGGUUCUACGAAAGGCAGCCUUAAAACAGCUCCCUAAAGGCAAGGUUCCCAACAUGGCUGUGCUUGUAAAGUCACUGACACGAACAAACACGGAUGCCAGUGCUGUUUUUAAAGAUCCAUCAGGCGAGAUGCAAGGUACCAUUCACAGACAACUUCUGGUUGAGCAACCAAAUGAUUUAAAAGUUGGAACAGUGCUCCUCCUGAAGCAGGUUGGUGUAUUUUCUCCAUCACUUCGAAAUCAUUAUUUGAAUAUAACACCAAGUAAUGUGAUUAAGAUAUAUCCACAAGGUUCUACUGAAUGCAUUCGUAGCCAAGUGGCCCAGAGUUCUCAGAACCACAUUGGACUUCAAUCCACUGUUGACUUAUUAGAAUCAAGAUGUAGUUAUUCCUUAACCACAGACAAAAUCUCCUGCACAGCCACUACAUCUUGGGAUUUUCAGACACCUUCCGGUACAAGAAAUGAAGCCUUGGAAAUAUCUGAAUGUAAAAGCACUGCAUUACAUGGGCAAUGUGAUGAAGAAUGGGAAGCAGAUGAUCUUGAUUGCCUGAUGGCUGAACUGCCAGAGGAAUAUUUCACUGCCCUUUAGAACCUUCUGUGAAGUUCAGGAUUUAAUCCUGGAAAGCUACUUAUUUAUCUUGUUUUGCUCAAGCUGAUAAUUGUGAGUUAAAAUAUCCACUGGAUGUUGGAUUAACAUAAGAUCAUCCAGAAUUGCUUCUGUUAGGACUUGAAAUUAUGGUCAUUAAGAAGACCUCCUCUCCUGGAAUCCAAAUCCGCCUCAGAUGUGGGGCCAUUUUUCACGUGUACCAAAGCACCCUUCCUACAUUACAGUAAAAUAUACUUUUGGUCCAUUUAAAAUGAACUGGAAUGUUAAUUUACUUGUAAUUCAUGUUUUGAUGUUUUUGUUAAAUCUCACUGUAUAUUGAUAUUGCUGAUCUUUGGAAAUAUAGAUUUUGUGUUGAUAACUUGAAUGGAGACUAUUCAUAAGCUUGUAUCAGAAGGAAGUACUGAAUCACAGAAGAUGAAAACUAAUUGAUCCCGUAGCAAAUUUUGCUGUUAAGUACCUCUGCCUGCAGUCUCCCAGUUCCAUAGUUUUCAGUGUCUAUAAGGAACAUUACAAUAUACUUGUGCCAUUUGUUUUCUUUCAGCCAGAGACCCAUUUGACUUUUGCUUCAGUGAGCUGAAGCUUUUCUAAUUGAAGUGUUCUUUGUAAAGUUCCACUGAGGGGCAUUCUCAUUCCUCUAACUGGUGCUUUGGUUGCUCUUCACUAGCAAUAAUCAGGCCAGAACUUCAAUUUGCAUUGGUUUCCCCUAGCUACUUGUGAUAGUCAUAGUUAUAUCUGUUUCCAGAUCAUGAAAUCACUUUGGGGGAUUUGUGUUUGGGAGUGUUGCACAAGUGCAAAAGUGUUUAUAAUGCUUUACAAACCAACAUUAAAGGCAACAGCACUAGCUAGUGGUCAAAGUAUGCAUCAUUCCAGCUUCCAGUAUUUUUGACUUACAACAUCAGUGCUGAACCCAGGA